CUCUGCCACAUUCCAAAAUGAAGACGACCCGCUGCCUCUUCUGCCGCAUCGCCCCGGCAGCUACACCAAAGUCUCAACCAUCCACACGCGCCUUCAGCUCAACGCCCGCGACACAAGCAAAAGGCAAGCCCGCGUACCCAAAUGUCAGAGCCGUCGAUCUCGGUCUGGUCCAACAGCGCGUCGAUACCGCUGCCCGCACAUUCAAGCCCUACACUGCACGAGAAAAGCAACUGCUCGCCUUGAAGUACACACCGGCACAGGUUCGCGCCAUCGAGGCAGCCGAAGCCAGCAUCGACCCCAAGGAUGUCGUUACGCAGGGCAAAAUCCGCCGCGACACUUUCGCCCUGAAUUACAUCGACGACCUCAGCAAGAUCCAACCUCUAGUCGACAAGCCUGUACGCGCACCCACCGAAGACAUUGACCCCGGUAUCCGCAUGCGCAGCGAAGACGAAGUGCUCGACCGCUUCGCCGCCUGGACUGAGGAAUUCAACCGCAAGCGCCAAGAAUAUGAGACACGCAUGGAGAGCAUGGACGGCGAACACAUUGAGCAAGAGCUGUUGACAAAGAGUAUCGAGGCUGGCGUGUACCCCGGUGACAACCUCUCACCAGACGAGCGCCGCGAACGCCUACGCAAAUACGCAGAGCACUUUGAAGGCCCCAAUGCAGUGGCAGAAUGGAACGCCUUCAUCGGAAACGCAAACAACUUCUUCUUCUCUCCCAAGGGCACGCUACACUCGCAACAAGACAGUGCCUCACCCGAGAUGCCCAAGGUGAAGAACCUGGGUGUGAAAUUCGAAUCCGAGGACGACGACCCCCACUUCCUGCGCUUGAUGCAGCAGACAGGAUUGACCAAGGAUGCCAUCAAGAAGAUUCGUGUCAAGAACUUGGUUGCCCAUCGUGUCGUCAACCAGACCCGUAUGGGUAAGAUUCAAUCGCAGUACUACCUCACCAUUGCCGGAAACGAGAAUGGCAUGCUGGGUAUUGGCGAGGGCAAGUCAGCUGAAGACGAAGACGCCAUUCGUCAGGCCAUGUACGCCGCCAUCAGAAACAUGAAGCCCAUUCCUCGCUACGAGAACCGCACUAUCUACGGUGAGGUCGAGGGUAAGGUCGGCGCUUCGGUCGUUCAACUCUCUUCCCGCCCGCCAGGCUUCGGUAACAGGUGCCAACAUCUGAUCUACGAAAUGGGCCGUGCAGCAGGUAUCUCCGAUCUCAGCGCUCGCUGCCCGCGCAGUCGUAACCCCAUGAACAUCGUCAAGGCCACCUUUGAGGCACUUAUGAAGCAGCGUCUACCCGAAGACGUCGCCCGCGCCCGUGGUCGCAAGAUGGUCGACGUGAGAAAGGUCUACUACCAAGGUCUGACUUCAUAAAAAGAAAGCAAAGAUGUUUUCUUUUGACAUGUAAUUGAUUCUGUAUUAUAUAUUCGCAUAUGAUGUAUGCAGGCCUUUGUAUCUUUUGAGCUACGAGCGAAAAUAUGCUUGUCCCAUUCCAUUUUUCCUUUCUUCGAGCAGU